AUGUCAUUCCCGAUAACCAAGCAUGCAUUACGGAUUAAAUGCAAAAACAAGCUCAGCGCCAUACUAGGACGACUUCCUCGCAUCAGACGGCAGCAGCUCGUAGCGGCAAUAAUUUUCUCAUUUAUACUCAUCUACUUGCACAAAGAAUUCCCAGCUGCGAGGUCGCCUUUGAAAGUGAUCGUAACUGGUGGAGACAUAGAUAGAAAUUUGCGGGCAAAACCAAGAAAUUCGACUGGCGCAGGUACAUUCCAGCUGCAAGGACAAACUUGUCUCAUACCUAAGCUGGACAUAAAUGGCACAGAAGUGAGAGGCUUCUUCUUCAAAACCGAACCUCUCACAUGCUUCAAAAACCCUAGAAAUUGGGUCUUUAUUGAUGAUAAUGGAAAUGUGCAGUACGUCAAAGAGAGAAAAAAUGCUCAAUGUCAUGGAUACUAUGUUACAUGGAAAAGUACCUCGGACAAUACUUAUACCGCUUUCGAUACACUACCAAAUGGCCAACCCAUGAAGUCAGACUUUGCUCUUGUAAGCUGUACUGAUGGAUGGCAGAAAUGGAACGGUAUACUUGUGAGUGUGGUACGGCGGAGUGACGAGAACCUACGGAAUAGGGGAUCGACGAAGAGCAAAGAUGGCACAAGCCUGAACUUGUACUUUCUCGGAUUUGAUUCUCUUAGUCAAAUGUCUUUCCGACGAAAACUGCCGAAAUCUGUCAAAGUUAUAGAAGAGAUCCUCGAAGCAGUAGUUUUGCAAGGUUACAACAUCGUUGGAGAUGGUACUCCACAAGCAUUUAUUGUAAAAAGUUCUAUUUCAUCGUGUGUGCGUCGUACUUCUAAAUUUCCACCUGAUUUCGGCAAGUGA